AUGCCUCAGUACUUGGCUCGGCAGGAGAUCAGGAGGGAGAGCGAGGCAGACGAGGUGAAUGGCGGAGUGGAGGUGCUGGCAGGGAAAUACAAAGACCCGAGUUUUGGCGUGUCCGUGUGGCGUGGGGGGAUUGUGGAGCCGAAUCUCAUGGCGGUGUUUGCUGCUGUGUGGUACUACCUCAAGCACCAUUCAGUUAGGAGUAGCAGCAGGGGGUUGGAGGGAGAGAGCGAGGCGGACGAGGUGAAUGGUGGGCUGGAGGUGCUGGCAGGGAAGUACAAGGACCCGAGUUUUGCCGUGUCCGUGUGGAGAGGUGGGAUCGUGGAGCCGAACCUGAUGGCGGUUUUUUCUGCUGUGUGGUACUAUCUCAUGCACCAGUCAGAGCCCCCGGCCGACAUGGCCAGUUCAGUGCUUUACCUGGGGUGGGCCGUGAGCAACAGUGGCUGUCGGGACCCACAUGUUGAUAGCCAAAUCAUGCAUUCACCCCUUACUCUUUCUCUGCUCUCUCCCCUCCCUCCGUCAGAGCCCCCAUCGGACAUGGCCAAGUCAGUGCUGUAUCUGGGCUGGGGAGUGAGCAACAGCGGCUGUAGGGACGUGGCCUCUCCCUUCUCCAACGUGCUGCCCGCCCUGCAAGCAGCGGCUGACACCGUUCGUCUGCUAGCGCAGGCGCGGCUGCAGCAGAUGCCGACCAGCAUAGAAGAGGACGAAGCGAUCCUGAGGGAGCUGGAGCGGUGCAAGAGCGGCGGGAAGAUGGGGGCGGGUGGUGGGGAGGGGGUGAAGGGUGGGAAACUGGGGAAGGAAGGAAAGAAGAAGCCAGCACAGAGCAAGCAGCAGCAGAAGGCGAAGCUGACGAGCCUGGAGGAGGAAGUUUCCGCAAAGCGACUCAGCCGGCGCCGGCGCCGGCGUGCUGUUAGCGAGGGGAGGAUCAGCGAUGACUACAGCGAUGAUGACAACAACGAGGGUGACAACACCGAGGAGGAAACGGACCUAGAGCUCGGGAGCAGGAGCGAUGAAGAGGAGGCGAUAGAUUGUGAUGCGUGGGCGCGAGAGCGGGCCAGUGGGGAGAGCGAGGAGGAAGGCGGCGGGUCGGAGAGCGGGAAUGGCAGCGGCGGUAGUAGUGGGGGUGCGAAGAGGCUUACUGUGAUGCGGGUGCGGUGUGGGUGUGAGGAGUUUAGGGCGGAGGCGGAUGAGCGGAUGGUGGCGGUGCGGUUCCGGAAGGCCAAGAAGGCGGUGCUGAAAGAAGUGGUGGACCGGCUCAGAAAGGCGUGCCCUUCCUCCCCCACUGCUUUCCUCUGA